UCGGAAUCGGUAAUAAAAACAAAUAGAGAAUUUAUAUUUUUGUUACAUUUUGAUAGAUUUUUGUUUGGAAACAUAUAAUUUAGUGCAUCUGCAAAGUGUAAAUGAUAAGUGAAUUGAAAUAAAUGCAAAUAGUAAGUUCUAAUACGUUGAAUAGUUCACUAUGCAAAGUGGAGGAGUAUGUUUGUAGAAGAAACGGAAAUGGUUAAAAACUGCUGGAGGAGAUAAAAGAAGAGCGAGCAAAAGAAUUGGCUAGAAACUCGUACAAAGAGGAGAAAUGGAAAGCAAAGCGAUAGUAAAUAGCAAUAAAAAUAAAUAUAUACCUGUUAGUAGAGGAGGUGGAGGAUCUGCCUGAGAAAGGUAACAUCGAAGAAGGAAUUGAAAUUGACGCAAUACGAUGAAGAAGUGAGCGAUAGCAAGUGAAUGAAAUGCUUGACGUACGGAUGCGAAAGAAUAGAACAAUUCACUAUUGAAUUGAAAGCAUACGUUUCAACGAAAAAAAAAUGUUUGUGCGGGAAAAUAAGAGUAAAUACAUAAGUGCAAAAUAUAAAUGAAUAAAGAGUUAGAUUAUUAUAAAAACACACAAAGUCAAUUCAACGAAAAAGGAGCCAGUGAAGUGGCUGGGCAUUAAUGCAGUGCAGUAUCGUGUCGCCGUAUCUGUGUAUGAUUGGGCGUGUUUAAGUGUUUGUGCACCCGAGAAUACGGCAAAGGCAAAAGUGAAAACUUGCUUAUUUGUCGUCGUCGUUGCUGCCAUCAUCGUUGGUCGUUGUCGUCGUUGUAUUUUCGCAUAUUUCGCGACGGCAAAACUACGAAUGUAUUUCGCUAAAUAACCAGCCAACCAACCAAAUAGCCAGCCAGCCAGUUUUGGCCGCGGCUUUGUAUUCGGCAAUAAAAAAUAAAGUUAAAUUCCUGGAACUCGAAUUUGCGAAAUUGAAAGGCGCGCGCGUGUUUUUCGCAUACUUAAACAUAAAAACUUUAAGAGGAUAUUUGUGAACUUUUGAAACCGACUUGAAAAUACAUGAAUUACAAGUGUUUGAAAAGAUUUUAAAGUGCUGCUGGCCAGUGAAUUGGAAACGGUCCAAAGAUAUAUUUGCACCAAGGGGGGGCCCUUCGACCGACCGUCGCAUUUGCCACCGCAUCGCUAAACCACAGAGGCGGGAUUAUGUCAUUUUGUAUGUGUUUGUAUGUAUGUGUAAAAUUCCAACUAAUUAAUAAAUCGAAAUGUUAUAAAGCGCCACAACGAAUCAGUUUCGUGAAUUAAAUAUUUUUUUUCAUGAAAGUGCUUAACUACAGACAUCAGCAUAAAAAGCAUUGCGAAAAUGUAGCUAAAACGAGAAUAGUAAUCAACUACUUUCAAAUCAAAAUAAGUUAUAGUGCAAAAAAUCUGCAUUUAGAAAAUGUUUUCAGUGAAAUUGCGUCGCAAUUCAGUCGCUGGCGAUGCAGUGCUUCGUAAAAAUUCCCACAUUAGAAAAAGCAGUAAGAAAUUUAAUAAAACGAAAUUUUGCGACGGCAAAUCACGAAAGCAAGCACGUUGUUUUCAGGUUGUUGAUUUGUCAAGCAACCUUAAAAGUUAGAAGAUCGAAAUCCACAAAAUAAUAAGUAAUUAUAGAAUUAUUGUUUGUGAUCGCAAUUAAAUGGCAACAUUCAAUGGUCAUAGCACUUCCAACGCUACGGAUUUGUUGGGAUCCUCGGUUGCCGUCGCUGCUGCCACAGAGCAUUUUGAACGCAGCACUGCUGCGGCUACUACAACGUUUCUGUUACCCUCCACGGCGACGGCAAAUGGAGCGCCGUUGCAUUUAGAGCCUUUUAGUCUUGCUGGUGGUCCACAUUUUGUCACAACCACUACAUCACCAUUAAGUGGUGCAAAUGCUGGCCAUCAUCAUCAUCCACAUCAACAACAACAGCAUCACCACCAUCAACAAACCAAUUCCACUUCAACCAGUUAUACAUUCGUACAAAUUAAACGCGAACCUUGCCAAGUGUCGGAGGUUACCUCUGCUAAUUGCCAUCAAACACAACAGCAACAGCAUCAUCAGCAGCAUCACGUGUCUACAUCAUCGACAGGUGGCAGUGGCAUUGGUAUUGGAGUUGGCAUGGGUGUUGGUGUAGCUUCAUCAACAUCCAGUUGUUCGGCUUCCAUAUCAGCGGCUUCCAAAACGAUGUCAUCGUCGUCAACGCUAACAACGCUGGUGAAGAUUGAGGCUUCCUCACCGAAGGUGAAUGAAAUGGAUAAAACACCAACUGUGAAUACACUUGCCGCAGCGCCAACAAUGUCUAACACAAAUAACACGGUGCCUAUUGGCAUUGCCGUGGCGCGUAAACGACCACAAGAAACGGCGGGCACUCUCUCUAAUGCUGCACCGAUUCCAAUGCAACAAACGCUUAAUAAGGAUAUGAAUUGCUUUGGUAUACGCGUGGCGGAUUUAGGUGGUGUUAGCACUGGCUGCAGCAACAUCUAUUUUACAGGCAACGGUGACUUAGUGACUGGUUCAGCGACCGCCGAGGAGUUGGCGCUCAGCGCCGCUGGUGUUCAGAGUGUGAAUCGUGCACCGUCAACCUUUUGGCAAUAUCAAAAUGCGCUUCCCAUCGAGUCAGUGAUUUCCAUGUCUCCAGCUACUGUGGGUUUGCAGUAUUCGCGCGAUGCAAGUCGCAGUCAAGUGGUACUUUUGCCGGCUACACCAGCCGCCUUAGGCAUAUCAAAUUUUCCAAUCUAUACACCCACAGAUCCGUUCCAACAGGCGGCGGCUUUCGUUUGGCCAUCAUACAUACCGCAGGGUACAACGCCGGCUUCUGCCGCUGCGGCCGCCACCCUACAGCCGCCGCCCAAUUUUAUAUUCCCUUCAAUGAGCCCACACUCGACGCUACAGCCGCAGUCUUACGCCACGUCACUCCAACUUUUCGGCUCGAAUUACUUAACCGCCGCUGCAGCUGCUGCCGCAGCCGCCGCUGCCACUUCGACACUUUGCCAACACAAUCAACAGCAAACUAAUACACAACAGACCACAAGUUCAAUAAACUUGAGCUUGGCCGCACCGGGCGGUAUGCCACCGAAUGGCAGCGGCAGCAGUCUCAUAGGCAGUAUUAACAGCAGCAACAAUACAAGUAGUUCAAGUAGCCGCUUUCUGAGUUUGGCAACUACAGGUGCGUCCGCUUCCAAUAUACUCGAAGCACCGAAACCACAAAAAACACUACAGUCUACAUUGACGCUACCGCAACCCGUGCCACCACCGUCCACAGCUGCGUUGCCGCCACCGCCGUCGCUGAUCCUACCGCCCGCAGCAUUGAAAAUCGAAGAAUGGAGUGCGACGGAUUUUAUGGCGGCUGCGGCGGUAGCAGCUGGAAAACCCCAUCAUGCGAGUUUGGGCACGACGCCGACUUUGAAUUUCGAUGGUCGCGAUAAAACGACUACAAACACAACGAAUCUGUUGGAUUUACACAAUGCCGCAGCAGCUAAUGCUCAGGCAUUGAAUUUAAUGCGUUUGCCGACCCCUCCAACGUCGGCGACCAUGGAGUCGGCGGCUGCAGCUGCUAGCGGGCCACAGUUGCAACCACAAAUACUAUUUCAGACCACAUCGACACCAUCGCCAGCUUUGCUCAAUUUGUCGGCAUCGUUACAGCGCGGUACUGCUAGUAACGUUGCUGGCGCAACUACAACUGUGACACCCACAGGUAUUUUCAUAAAUGGUGGUGGCACUACGGGACCGCCGACCGCAAUUUCGACCACUAUCGGUCCACCAACGCCAUUGGGGGAUGAGACGACGGCAAUCAAUUUUAAAACAAGUCCAGUAGAAGCUGCUCCGCCGCAGUCGGUGAGUGGAAUUGUGGUGGGUGUGCCGCGUGCAAUAAACAACAGUGGUCCAGCGCCUCAAUCAGGUCCACCGCCACAAAUGCAAGAUGUUAAUAUACAAACCGAUACGCCGGUCUGUAGUGAUGACGAGAACUCAACGUGUCCGCUUGCCAUACAACAGCAACAGUUGCACACUGCACAGGCGAAUUCGAUGAAUUCGCCGAGUUACAACAAUGAUGGCGAAGUACACGAGCCUUUGGAGUUGACAAAGCAGAGUUGUCACAAUGCUGGAGUGCAUCGCUCCGAUGCUGAUGAACUACCCAUAACAACAACGCCAACCACAACCACGACAGAAACAAAUAAUAUUGUGUGCCAUAACACAGCCAACGCCACGGCGAAUGGGGAAGCUGAAAGUUACGAAGUUGUAACCCAACAACCUCCACCAUCGUCUUCAGCUGGUGAAAUCGUUCCAAUGCUUCCAGGUAAUGAACCAGUUCAUUACAAUGAACAUCAACACCAACCGCAGCAAUCCGGCCCAGAAGAUCUAACCGGUCUGGAGCUGCUAUCUAACAUCAGCACUAGUACGCUGGCAAAUAAAGGUAUCGGCGUAGGCGCUGGUAUGACAAUGGUGCGUGUCAAGCAGGAACCACUCGACCACAUGGACGUACCCGUUUCUUCAAUGAGCGAUGAAUUGUCAUCAUCAACAGUCGUGCCAUCCUUACCGUCACAAAUACCACAAUUUAUCACCCAGCAAUCGGAAGUACCGCAGCCGGUUUCGGGCAGCUGCGACUCCUGUGUGCCCAGAGAGGCUGAAAUGCAGAGACAACCAACACCGUUGCCCUUGCUGGCCCAUUCGCUCCCACCCGCACCUUCAUCGAAUGUGCCCACAACGGUAGUAGAGCCCCUGGGUGGUUUGAAUUUGCUAUGUGCUCUAGCUGAACAACGCAUCCAAGAAGAAGUUCAGAGUAGUGGAGGCAAUUUGUUCGCUGAAAGCGAGUCGCCGCCACUAUCACGCUCCACUUCAUCAUUCGGCCGUCAAGAGACGCCUGAAUUACAGAACCAUUCACAUCCGUCGCGUUUGGAACAAUCUUCGUUUCCCUCAAUGGAAGGUAUCGAGCUGCCUUCGACGAGUGGUCUUGGUCUCGGUAUUGGUGGCAGCGGUGGCGUAGAACCGCCAGUCAAGCGCAAAAAGCACAAACAUUCCAAAUCAUCAAAAUCAUCUUCGUCAUCAACACUGGCUGGUGCUGGCAAGAAGUCGCAGCGCUGCUCGAAGAAAAGCAAGAAGAAAUAUGCCAAGGAGAAGCGUAAACACAAGCAACAACAACAACAAUUGUUGGCAUCUGCUGCUGCCGCAGCGGCCGCGUCUGCCUCCGCUUCUGACGAUGUCGACUUUGAGGACGAACAAUUACAACAAGAAUUGAAGGGCGCCUUUAACCGUAUCGAUCCCAACUUUCAAUUGCGUUUCGGUCAGUGGGCCAAUGCACAAGAGAUAUUCGAGUUGAUGGAGAGUGAUAUGCGUUUGCGUUUAGCGGAAAUAACGCGUCAGUAUCGCAAGAAAAAGAGAAAGCUCGAUGAGAUAUCCAAAAAUAAGAAAAAGAAAAAAUGUGCAAAAUUACUUGCCGCGCAACAACUGCAACAACAACAGUCCACACUUUCACUGUCUUCAUUGAGUACUGGCAGUGUUGGUGGUGGUCUCUCCUGCAGUACGUCUGGUGGCACAUCUUUACCACUCUGUGAUUACAAGUUUCCGAAAUUCUCGACUAAUAGCGGUGUGGUUGGUGCUACAUCGACGCCUUACUUGAAUCGUUCCAGUUUUCUACGCUUCGGCGAGAAACCGCCAUCCGCCACGCCCACACUUCCACAUGCACAAUUUCCGCCCCCUGAAUGCGACAAUUCAGAAGACAACAACACACUUUCGGCCAGCAGCUCCACGGGCCCAUCCAUGCCCAUUUAUAAACCAGUGCGAUUAGGCCCCAGCGCUUUAGCGGGUGCUGUUGCGGCGGCAUCACUUGGCGUUGACAUUCGGAAUAGUGGCACACCACAGCGUCAUGCGCAAAAGCACACAUCUGCGGAUAAAUCCACAAGCUCGGCUAUAGUAUGCAAAGAACCGAAGUUAAUGGUCGGUGUGACGUCAACAUCUGCUUCGGCUGCCUCCAAUAGACGUUUGAAAGAGGCGCACUCUUCUUCGUCCGAGGAACAGAGUCCGGCUAGUGUAUCUUCAGCGCUAAUACAAAAACUAGGAACGAACGUUAAGCAACAGACUUCUAAGCAACAACGACAGGAACAGCAUCUCUCACCUGUGACUCAAACCUCCCAGUCGCCGCAGUCCCAACAACAAGCAUACCGAAAAGCGAUAGACCCACGCGAUCACCAAUUAAUGCUGACAAGUGAUCAUUUAUAUAGAAAGGAAACGCGUGUGCUGACCGACAUGGGUGGUCUCUUUUAUGCCGGUGUGAUGAAACCACUUCAACCGCCUGACGUGUACGCAAUAACAUUGGAUGGCGAACGCGGUAAUAAGUCGCAUAUAAUGUCGCGUGAGGAGAUCUUCAAGGAUACUAUUCUGGAAGUGGCGCCCAAAUCUGUGGAGAGUGUACCUGUUGGCACACGACUUUGUGCCUAUUGGAGUCAGCAGUAUCGUUGUCUUUAUCCCGGUCGUGCUAUUGAGUCUGAAUCGUCUGAUGAUGGUGAAACACCCAACGAUUCUGUUAGCGUGGAAUUUGACGAUGGCGACAGUGGGCGCAUACGUCUACAGAAUAUACGCUUACUCCUAAGUGAUUAUCCCAUUGUGGUUUCAUUGAAAAAAGGGUCGGAAAUUUUGGGUCAAAGUUUAGUGGAUGAUGAAGAGAUUUCUUCGCUUCCGAAAAAGUACAACGAUAAUCCCCUCUACUCUUUAGGCAAGCACAAGAAGUCGAGCUCAUCUGCCCGUACCGCCAACGGCUCCGGAAGCAGUCACAAUUCCAAUGAUGCUCACGAAAACAUUUCUACAUUUGCACUCCCCGAUAUGCCAGCCAUGGCGCCGUCGACAUGCAGCAGCGAACCGCCAACACAAAGUGCAAAAGACAUCAGUGCCCAACGUAAGGAGAAGAAACGCAUUAAGAAUCUGAAGAAGAAAACACAAGCAGCAGCAGCGCUGGCAGCAAAUGCAAGCGCAAAUACUAAUGCGUCCACGGUGACAGUUAAUGGUGGGCUACCGUCAGUCGCGUCCACUGUGAAUGGCACAAAUGGUGUGGACGAUGCCGCCGAGAGUAAUCGCAAACACCACAAACAUAAAAAACGCAAAAAGCACAAGAAACAUCAUCACCGCAAGGCGAAUGGUGAAUGUGAAGCGAUUAACGGUGCUAAUAAUACGUUCGUAAUCAAAAACGCCGGUUUGACGACUAGUGGCAGCUUCUUGACGUCCACACCGACCACUUACAGAGGUAAACGAGAAUACGCUGCAACAGUUGGUGAUAAUCACAGCAACAAUACGCUAAUGGAAACUGAUGUCGAUGACAUUGUCGAAGAACACGUCGUGCCAGAAGUGGCGCGAAUGGCUCAAACACAGGGUGGCGCCUUCCAAGCAGUGGCCGGUCACAGCAAGUCACAAACGCAAAGCGCAUCGGCUUGCCUGCCCGCUGCGACUGCAAUUAAGAUGGAAACUGCGCCGUCGACGGCGGCGUCAAAUGCUAAAGUAAAAACUGAGCAUUUGGAUAUGGAGGAGGAGAGCACCUCAAAUAUGAUGUCCGAGCUAUCGGAUGAGAACAAAUGUGAUGAUGAGGAGGUGGAGCAUAAUAAUUCGAAGGGCAGCAAAAUUGCCGCUUUCCUGCCGGAGCGACAGCUCUGGGGUUGGCAGGGUAAAGCUUAUCGUAAAGCUGGUAUUAAGGGCAGAGCCCGCAAACAAUUCUAUAAAACAAUCAAAAGGGGAAAAGAAACAAUAACUGUUGGGGAUUGUGCAGUAUUUUUAUCAACUGGUAGACCAGAUAGGCCAUAUAUUGGACGCAUUGAAUCCAUGUGGGAGACAACGUCCAGCAAUAAAGUAGUGCGUGUUCGAUGGUUUUAUCAUCCUGAAGAGACAACGGGCUGUCCGAAUCUUAAAUAUCCGGGCGCUUUAUUUGAAUCACCACACGAGGACGAAAACGACGUCCAGACAAUAUCGCAUCGCUGUGAAGUACUACCGUUUGAGCGUUAUUUCGCUAAAUUCGGAGCCGAUUCGAAGCAAUAUCAAUCCAUUUAUGAUAAUAACGAUACAUACUACUUAGCGGGCUAUUAUAAUCCGCGAGUCCAGGUGCUCAAUCUGCAGGAGGAGAUACCAACGCUUAAAGCAGAGCAACAGCAGCCGCAGCCGAAACAGCUUGAGCAGCAGCCAUUGCAGGAACAGCAACAACAACAAAACGAUAUAGAUAUAGAUAACAUAAACGCGGUUGUUGAUUAAUGUAUAAGAUGAAAGUAGUAACUUGAGGCCCAAGGAAUCACAUUAAAACACUAAUUACUUUUAAGAAGCACACACAAAACAAUAAAUGAAUUGAAAAAUAUGUAUGAAUAUGUAAAAAAUUAAAGUAUAUAUAUAUAUAUGCAUAUAC